GAACAUCACAAGUGGAAUAUUACAAGUGAACAAGAUGAAAGUUACUCUGCUAGCUGUGGUGACACUCACUGCAGUGGCAUCCUUCGUUGGAGCCGCCGAUCCUGAAUGUAUAUACCGGAAGAUACGAGGUCUCUCGCCGCACUGGCCGAAACCCUUGAGCUGCUCCACCUACUACCGUUGCUCCUCGAAGAACACUGUGCGCAAGGUGACAUGCCCGGUGGGCAAGGAAUACAACCCGAAGAGUGGCAGGUGCUCCAACGCAGGACGGGGUCUGUGCAAGCUGAGCCUCAUUGCUCCACUUGCCGAGACCACUAAUGUGUGUUCCACCGAAGUGAAUGGAGCCUAUCUAGCCAAGAGCGGCUAUUGUGGCGAGUUCUACAUCUGUGAUGAGCAGUCGGCCUACCCUCAGAAGUGCGACUCGGGAAGCUACUUCAAUGAUACCCAGGGUGCCUGCGUCCCGGACACGAGCUCCACUUGCUGGCAGAACCUGUGUAUCGGAAAGUCGAACGGUGUCUUCCUGGCUAACGAGCAGAACUGCGGCAGCUACUACGUGUGCUCCGACUCGGAGGCCACUCUUCAGUAUUGUCCUCUGGGCAGCUUCUUCAACACUACAUUGGCCGCCUGCACUGUCGAUACUGGAAACAAGGAAUGCUGGGCUAACUUCUGCAUUGGAAAAGAUGAUGGAUCGGCUGUAGCCGACGAGUCCAACUGCUCCGCGUUUUACAUGUGCUACAACAAUACGGCCACCGCUCAGGUAUGUCCCGAAGGUAGCCACUUUGAGGACACCAACUGGGGCUGUGUUCCUGGGGAUUGUUCCACGGAGUCACCUUGCGAUGACGUGACAACCACCACCACCGAACCCUGUGAUGAAGUGACCACGGAACCUCCAACCUCCUGCGAUUGCGGUGACAUCAAGAACGCCGAAUUGAUUCCCGAUAAGGAUAGCUGCCGCAAGUAUUUCAUCUGCGCCAACGGAGUCCUGGUGUCCAAAGAUUGCGGCAAAGGCAACUUGUUCAAUGCCACCCUCAGCGUUUGCGAGGUGGACUCCAAGAACGAGUGCUGUGUGGCUGAUUGCAGCGAUGGUGAAGUGAAAGUGGAUCCCCAGGACUGCACCAAGUACUUCAAGUGCCAGAGUGCCGACUGGACGUCCACAUCCUGUGCAGCAGGAAGCUAUUUCAAUGUAACUCUGAAGGCUUGCCAAGUGGACAAGGACAAUGUGUGCAUUGAAGUCGCGGCUCUUAACCAAUGCAAUGCCCGAGAUACUCCACUCAGCAGUAAGAACUGUUACAGCUACAAGGUCUGCAUCGAUGGCCAGUGGGAGGACGAGACCUGCUUGGCGGACUACUACUUCGAUGCCUCUGUUGGCAUUUGCCGCCCGGAUACCGACAACUUCUGCCCGGAGAACAGAUCGAGUGGAUCCCGCCAGAAGAGAAGCGUGGAGGAUUGCACCUGCGAGGGUGGCAUCGAGCAGGGCGCCAUCAUCAGUCAUCCCACCGAUUGCGAUAAGUAUCUGAUCUGCGAAAAUGGAGAGCUGGUGCUGGGCGAGUGCGGCGCGGGCAAUGUCUUCAAGAAUUGCAGCGGCGUUUGCGCUCCGGACUACAAGGCCACCUGCUGGGUGUGCUUCAACAAACCGAAUGGCUACCAGAUGCCCAAUCCGACCGACUGCACCAGCUACUUGACCUGCUGGAACGGCUUGGCCACGGAGCACUCUUGUGGAUCCGGCCAGUGGUAUAAUGGCAAUGGAGAGUGCGCCGUCGAUAUCUACGGCAAGUGUAUCGACCCAUGCUCCUGCACCAAAAACGGCAACGUAGCCCAUCCCAUCUGCACCGAUUACUUCCAGUGCACGAACGGAGUUCCCAAGGUGGUGCAGUGCCCCGCCGGCGAGGCCUUCGAUUCUGAAACCGGUCUGUGCUCCGCCACCGUGGCGUGCUCGGCCAAGGAGUGUGCCACCGCCUCUGAUGGCACCACCUACGCCGUGCCCGACGACACAAGCAAGUUCUACGUGUGCCUCAACAAGGAGCCCACCAUUGUAGCCUGUCAGGCCAACACCGCCUACAAUGCUGACCUCGGCAUUUGUAAGACCAUACCCAGUACCGAUUGCGACCAGAGCGUGUGCAAGACUGCCACCGAGGACUCGACCUACGCAUCUCAGAAUAGCGACAAUUCGACUUUCUGCGUCUGCCAAAAUGGUGGAGGAUACAUCAAGUCAUGCGCCGCGGGAUUGUUCUACGACGAAACUACAGAAACCUGCUCUUACACAGGAAACUGUGAUCCUCAGAUAUGCACCGGUGAGUCGGAGUACUACGUUUCUACGGACUACGUGGACGGCAAUAGUUUCUGCCUGUGCCGCGCUGGCGAACCCAUCUCAGUGCCCUGUCCCAGAGGCUACACUUUCGACAGCCAGACCCUGGAGUGCGUCCUCAUUUCUCAGCCAGACCCACGUUGCCCCUGCAAUGGAUGCGCGGACAAGACCGACUACGAUACUAUUGCUGCUUUGGAUACUACCGAUGGCUUCUGCCUCUGCGUGAAUGAGGUUCCCAAGUACGUCAGCUGCCCCGAUAAUUCCCAAUAUGAUGAAUAUCAGGGUUACUGCGUCAGCAAUGGAGACGAUACCACUUGCCCUGUGAACGCCUGUGAUGCCACCGCCUGUGAGACGGAAUCGGACUUCACUCCCUUCCCCUUGGAAAGCGAUCCAUCUGGGUUCUGCUACUGCCAAGACCUAUGUCCAAUCUAUCGCGCCUGUGACGAUAAUUUGGAGUUCAACGAAAAGUUAGGAAUCUGCACUGAACCAGUGGAUCCCUGCUAUGUCCCUAAAUGCAAUGAAGACGAAUGUGACGUCCUGGCUGAGUACACCCCUUAUGAGCCCAACGAGGGAUCCGAUGGAUUCUGCUAUUGUGCCGGCGGUCUGCCUGUCUUCCGUCCCUGUUCCGAUGACCAGGAAUUCGAUGCCUCUUUGGGAAUAUGCAAAACGCCAGCGGAUGGCUGCGUGACUGCCCUGUGCGAUGUUGACAAGUGCUCCUCCUACAGCGACUACGUCCCCUUCCCUGUGAACGGGGCCACCGAGGACAGCUCUUCCUUCUGUUACUGUCAAGAUGGCGAGGUUGUCCUGACGCAGUGCAGCCCCGAAAUGGUGUUCCUUGCGGAUCAGGAGCGAUGCGGAGUGGUGGCGGCAUCCGAGUGCGUUUGCGAAGCGGGACAGUGCGGCACCUCCGGUGACUACGAAACCUACCCGGCUCUGAAUACGGUCAAUGGCUUCUGCUUGUGCGUGGACGGAACCCCGGUCUUCAAGGAUUGCAGCGAGGGUGACACCUACAGCACAGCCGUGGGUGCCUGCCUUUCGCCAUCCUCCAAGGUCCACGAGGCCCUCCUCUGCGAUUCCAGUCGAUGCCACAGCCGUGCCGUUUUGGCCACCACUUUCGCGGCCACCAAUACCAGCAGUGGUUACUGCAGCUGCCAGGAAGUGGGAGUCUCCACCUUCACCAGCUGUGCGGAUGAGCAUGUUUACGAGGAGAGCGCCGGAUCCUGUGUGGUCGAGGCUUGCGAUUACUCCAACUGCCUGAACAAAGCCGCCUUCGAAACCUUCGAGGCGAAGAACACCACCGAUGGCUUCUGCUCCUGCGAUGGUGUGGCCACGUUCCAUCACUGCGAAACGGGACACGUGUUCGACAAGGCCCAGGGCAUUUGUCUGCUGAAGAACGCCAUGGCUAUGAUCUCGUGCAACCUCAAGGAGUGCCUGAGGCGAGGCCAAUUCGAGCCAUUCGCCGCUGAAAACACCCGGUCCGGAUUCUGCUCCUGCGAUGACCAGGAACGCGUCAGCGUCACCUUCCAUCCGUGCGCGGAGGGACAACACUUUGACGCCGAGCUCGGCGUGUGCAAGGACCAUCGCAUCCAGAAGCGUUCCCUGGAGGCGGAGGAAAACAUUUGUGACAUAGAUGAGAAGCGCUCGGUUCCAGCGAACUGCUCCCAGUACGAGGUGUGCGUAGAUGGCCACUGGCGGCGACGCACAUGCUCCGACCAGCGCUACUACAAUCCGGAGCAGCAGCGCUGCCUGGAGCCCCGGGAUGACCUGGUCUGUGCCUACGCCAGGGUAUCGAAUCUUCCGCCCUGCAACAAUGUCAGCGAGUCCCAGACUGUGGUGGCUAAAAGUGGCAACUGCCUGCAAUACUUCCGCUGCUAUGGUGGCAAGUGGCGCCUGCGCAACUGCCCCAAGCAGCACUACUACUCGUCCUCGGUAGGAUCAUGCCUGCCCUUGCCAAGGGGUCAUGAGCAGGAUAGGAAUCAAACCAUGUGCGGUUUGGCGAGGAGCAAGUCGGUCAGUAAUUCCUCGCAGGACUGCCAGCAGCUGGCAGUGCGUCCUUCGUUGGCAGGAGGCUGCCAGAGUUACCUCAUGUGCCUGGACAACUCCUGGUGGCUGCAUCAGUGUCCCUUGGGCAUGUUCUUUAGCCAGGAGCACAACUACUGUCUGCCCAAUGAUGCGGGCCAGUGUUCUCCGCCGGCGGAGCAGAAUGGGACGAACUGCUCCAAUGGAGACAGCAGAUCCUUGGUGGGCAGUUGCCACAGCUACGAGUUGUGUGCGGGUGGUCAGUGGACCAGGCGACGCUGCCAGGAGAGGGAACAAUUCGAACCCAUGCUGGGAUGUAUCCCCAGCGAUGGCAGCUGCCAUGACAAUGGGAUGAGGCGGAUCUGCCGGGAGGGAGAGCUGCGAGCUCAGUUUGGAGACAGCUGCUCCCAGACAUUCCUCUACUGCGACGCGGAGGAGUGGCAUCUGGGCAGCUGCCUGAGGGGUCACAGUUUUGCCGCCAGUCUCAACAAGUGUCAGGUGCAGUCGCAAUGCCAGCUCCAGAUGAGGGAUCUCCCCUCGGAGAACCAGUGCCUGGGUCAGAUGGAUGGCCUGAGUGUCGCCGAUCCCACGGAUUGCACUCGAUUCUACCUGUGCCUCCAGCAAGUUCCCGCCAUUCUGCAAAACUGCGUCUCCGGUAGCUUCUUCGACUCCAGCCAGGGCUACUGCCGACCAAAUGAUGGCUCCUGCCAGCUGGCCAUUUGCUCGGGACUGGAAGAUGGCAAAUUGGUGGCUCAUCCGGAAGAUUGCCGUUCUUACUACAGCUGCUCGAGCCAGAAUGGAACCCGAUUGAUACAGUGCGAUGAGGGGCAGUACUUCCACAGCUUGCUCUCGAUUUGUCGUAUGGAUUAUGGUCAGUGCCGAAAGGUUUCCAAUGAUGAGGAUACUGCGACAGCAACCAGACUGUGCUCCGGACUUCAUGGAGUAAAAUUACCCCACGAGCGCUACUGCAAUUUGUACUACGCUUGCGUUAAGGGAUUAGCCAUUCCCGUGGAGUGUCCCGCAGAGCAACAGUUCAAUCCGGUGCUGUCCACUUGUGAGCCAGAGAAUCAGGCGGUACAACCAUGUCCCAAUGGUCAGCUGGAAGGGAAUGUGAGCUACGUCUACAGCUGUGGGAACCUCCAUGAUGGCAGCUUCCUGGCCAACCGGACUGACUGCACCCGGUACUUUAUCUGCGCCGGCGGGGUGGCCACUGCCCAGCGAUGUGCCGCGGGCAGCUUCUUCGAUCCGGAGCAACUGCUCUGCGUGGCGGACGACGGCUCUUGUCCACUGGUGGAAUCGGUGCCCGAUGAUGAUGACACUCCAAACAAUCAGCAUGUGCCUCCAGAUCCACUGGUUUGUGAGGGCAAACAUGGGUAUAUCAUGCCCGAUCCGGCCAACUGCAACAACUUCUACCUCUGCGUCUCUGGAAAACUUCGCCAUGAGCUUUGCUACACGGAUUACUUUUUCAACGCCACAUUGCAGCAGUGCCAGGCCCAUGAGGUCAUCUCGGAUGGGGAUUCCAUAACGGAGAAUCCAGUAGAGUCUCAACAGGUGGAGCUAGGUGGCCAGGAAAAGGCGGCGACGAAUGGGAUCUGCAAGGAUGCGCCAACCACUUUUGCCGGCAUAUGUGGAAUAAUCGGAAAUGGCGCCUAUGUGGCGGAGCAGGGCGACUGUAGGCGGUACACCAGCUGCGAGGAUGACGAACCCGUCUCCCAGCGAUGUCGCAACGGGGAAAGCUUCGACAGUCUCUUGGGUAUCUGUCGACAGAACGACGGAACCUGCCUCAUGGAGAACGGCGAAAGGGUGGGAGUCUGCAACGGAAAGCAUGGACAACUGACUCGCGAUGCCGACAACUGCCGGGGAUACUUCACCUGCGUCCAUGGCCAAAAGAUCGAGGGGGAGUGCGCCCAAGGAGAGUGGUUCAACCGGCUGACCAACAGCUGUGAAGUCGAUGUCUUGCAACAGUGCAAAAGUUCUUCAGAAGAAGUAAUCAGCGCCGAUAAUCUGGGUUAAAUGGAUGAUUGGGAGUCAAAUCUAAUGGUGGUGGUCUAUUACAUAUAAAAGAGCUUGUUCACGAGAAGAACAACUUUAUUUAAGUUCUGAUAAAUAUAUGUGGAGAGUAAUCAAAGAUGUC